AAAUGAGCAACUUGCCAAGAAGAAUCAUCAAGGAAACUCAAAAACUGAUGUCUGAGCCAAUUACGGGCAUCACUGCUACACCAACAGAAGAAAAUAUGCGUUACUUUUCAGUUUCCAUUGAAGGACCACCACAAACUCCAUAUGAAGGAGGUAUUUUCAAAUUGGAAUUGUUCCUUCCUGAUGAUUAUCCAAUGGCUCCACCAAAAGUAAGAUUCUUAACGAAAAUCUAUCACCCAAAUAUUGAUAAAUUGGGAAGAAUUUGUUUGGACAUUCUCAAAGAUAAGUGGUCACCUGCAUUGCAAAUCAGAACUCUCUUGUUGAGUAUUCAAGCCUUACUUUCUGCUCCAAAUCCAGACGAUCCAUUGGCAAAUGAUGUUGCUGAAGAAUGGAAGAAGGAUCAAAAUACUGCAUUGAAUACUGCAAAGGAAUGGACUAUUAGAUAUGCCAAGUAAAUCUCGUUAUCAUGUGCUCAGUAAUAUGGUUGCAUGCAAACACAACAACAGAAAUAAAACUUAAUUUAUAAUCUUU